GAUACGGCACUCGAUAUUAUUCAUAUUAUUCAAAAUAAUCCAACGACUCAAGAACAAAUGACUGAACAAAAAAACAUGAAAUUCAAAGUAACUGCAGUUGCAACAGAACAAACUGCAAAACUAAGAGCUGUUCAAAUUAUACACUCUGCGUCAGACGUUGUAUAUGCGUGUAUUACGAGGUUAAUGCAAUAA